UCAUGUGCACAGGGCAGUCGCGAAGCUUGAUGAUUGCUUAGCGUGAUGGCUUAAAAUUACCGAAUAUUUCGCAGAGUGAGAGAAUAAAUAUCAAAGCCUGCAAUGGCAAAAUUUUUAUAUAGAGAGUUCUGCAAUCAUGUUUAUUUAGGGCAAUGGGAGUUGGCUCGAGCUUGUGCUAUAGCUUUAAUAAAGAAUGAUACUCAUGGAAAUAAUGAAAAGGAACUAUUGCUUUCAACGCUGAAAAAUCUUGCGAAGGAUCCUUUUUUAGCUAGAUCUGCAUGGGGGACUUUACCAUCUCCAAGCUACAUAAACUUUUUGUCAUGUCAGUUAUUGUUGGAUUUAGGAUAUACAGAUGAAAUUAAGAUUUGGAGAAGAAGUGCUGAUUUUAACAUUUUGUUGGAAACAUAUUUCCGGAAACCAAGAGAUGCACUCAGGGAUCUAGCUUAUAUUUAUUCUCAAGUCUCCUGUCAUGGAUCUAAAGAGUAUGAUGUUACAAAGAAUAAAAACUUGGAACUUUCUCCUGAAAGCAUCUCAUUGUUAAAAAAAGCAAUUACACAUGAGCCAUUGAUAACGUGUGUGCUUAUUUGUGCAAUAUGUAUCCCAGUGUAUUAUGAAUCUGCAUCUAGUUUUAACAUUGUAUUAUGUAACAUUAUUCUCCAGUAUGUCUUAAACUGCCUUAAUUCAUUGAAAUCUGCUUUUAAUAAGCAUGAUGAUGUUCAUCAUGUGGAAGAAUUAUCAUCAAAAGUAUAUUUAUUACUCAGUGUUUUACCUGAAUGUACAUUAGAAAAAGUCAUGAAGAAAUCUAUUGAUGAAAUUUUUUUACUUGCACAUUACUUGUGCAAAUCUGGAGCUCUAGAACAUGAAAAAGUGUAUAGAUCUUUACUUGGUCGACCUUCACCUCACGGUCUACAGUACUACUGCAAACUUGAAGAUGAUAUCGGAUGUGAUAUUUCUAACAUUAGAGAAAAUAUUUGCUUAUGUUAUAUAUCUGAUGAAGGUAACUUUAGUCAUCGACAGGCUUUACUGAGCAGUGUCAAUUCAUCAUCACAUUUUCUUCUAGAUUUAAUUGAUUAUUGCAUUCAAAAUAUUAUAAGUGGUAAUUAUGAACUUGUAUGGGAUUCACUAAAAGAUGAUUUAUUAUCACGUUUAAAGCCUUUAAUCUUGAUUUUAUCAUGGGGAAGGAGCUGUGAUGAUGUUUCUGCAACAAAUGUCAUUCAGGUUAUGAAAUCGUGGAACGAAGUUAAUGAAUCUCCUUUGAAUGAAGUUUGCAAAGAAUUCAAAAGAAAUGCUUACUUGACAGAUUUAUUUAUUGCUUAUUAUCAGGAAUUGCAUCCUUCAAGUAGCAGCAGCAAAAUUCAAAACAAAGCUCGAAAUGUUUUCAUGCAGCUCCAAACUCAAUCCAUCUUAAGUAUUCUUCAUACUGAGUUUGGCUUGAAAAAUAUUUCAUUUGAAAAAAUAUUAGAAUUCUUGAAUCCUGAACAAGGAAAUUCAUCUGUUUGCAAUGAAUCUGUCUCAUCACAUCUUACUGAUAGAGCUAUUUACUCAGGAUAUUUAAUUAUGAUUUGGAUAAUGGAAGCUGUACUUUUAUGUUGUGAAUAUAAAAGUGUAAUUGUUACUAAAAAACUUGUUAUUUCUGAUGUUUUAUAUAAAUCCUGUGACUCUUUUAAUGCAUCUGAAAAUCAAACAGUUUUUCUGUGCAACUGUGAUUCUGUAGCUGAAUGUAUAAAUAAUCAUGGAGCUCAAUAUGCCUAUUCUAGAUUUAUUGUUGAACGUCUUGAAAAAGCAAAAAAUGAAGUUAAGAAACUUUUUCCUAUUGCUUUCAGGGUAGAAGUUCUGGAGAAUAUAUUUUCUAUGCUUUUUUUAAUGUCACAUAACUUAGUUGAUGCACUGGAACAGUGUUCAGAUUCAGAUCAAGGUUGUGAAGGUGAAAAUUUUGUUCUUCCUGGUAGUGGUACAGAACCCUUUCUUGUGAUGAAACAGUCAACAGAAACAGAGAAAAAAUAUUCAGACAAAUUUACAGUGCAUUCUGUAAAAGAUCCUAUCACAUCAAGAGCAAGAAGGGAUACACUUGAAAACUACUCAGGUCAUAGUUCCAAGAGCACUGAAAGUAAUAGUUCUAAUGGACUUCAGUCUUGCACAUUUCUUUGCAACGAACUCAUAACACGUGAUCUUCUGUUCUUAUUGAAGGAUUCUGUCAUAGAAGCCAAAGCAGAAGUGUAUAAAGCUAUUAGCAAUUCUGAUAUUAAUGUAAAAGGCAAGAUUGUUACUGAAAGUGGCCAGGCAAUGACACAAGUGAAGGAUGCAACAGCAACGAAGUUAUCAAUAUGUACCGAUGAUUUGCAUCAGCGCACAUCACAGCUUUUACAAUAUAUCAGUGAAGCCAUAUGGCGUUAUGAAAUAGUGAAAUCUGAUAUUUUCCAAGAGCCAUUUAGUUUUUCUACAUUACAGAAGAAGACACCUUAUCUCUUUCAAUCCCAACAAAGUGUUUCCUCCUCAGAUGGAACUGACAAAGAAAACAAAAAGCGCCGAAAGAAAAAGAAGAAGCAUAAGCAUAAUUUCUCUAGUCACAAAAAAGAUUCUUUUGCUGAAUCAAGCAUCAUCCAGUGCAUGCUGUCAUCUCCUGAAGCUCUUUUACGAUAUUCCUUGUGGAACAAAAAUUUGGUUCAAGCAGGGCAAGUCAUCAAACUGUUUCAUCUACAAGCAUCAAAUGAAGCAAGAGAACUUACACUUGUGCAUGAGUUGCAGAGGAUAUCAAAAAAGUUGUCUGAAAGUGAAAAAAUAAAAACAAAAUCCAUUAAAAAAGAAACUGCAUCUCCAAAUGGGGAAAAAUCACUUAUGUCGAAUAUUUUAGCCAUUGAAGAUGCAGCUGCAUCUGGAUUACAAUCAUCAGAAAUAUGCUUAAUUAUCAAUCAAGAACUUAGCAGUUUAAAAGUUCCUGAGAUUAUAGAUGUUACUGGAGGUAUUAGACAUCCCGAACUUGUAUUAGGUUCUGAAAAUAUUUAUUCUGUUUUUUUAGCUGACUUAAGUUGUACUUUUGGAGCUUCAAUAGAACUAUCUUCUAUUCUUUUAGAUAUGGCUAGUAGAAGCUGGAAUAAUUCAAGAAAAAAUAUUAAUGAAUUAGAUGUUAAAGUUUUAUCUAAAAAGAAAAUGUCAUUGAUUAGAGGGAAUUUCAAAACACUUCAGAUGUUGACUUCAUUAGUAAAAGAAUUCAAAAGUGUAAUUGAGGAACCUGAUUUUAAUGCUGAUUUGUUUUCUAUGUUUUGGCCUACAAAUCUAAAUUUAAAAUCAUUUUCACAGGCCUUAUUUAUUUUUGUUGGCAAUUUAGACUGUCAGAGAUUCCGAGAAGAAAUUAACAACUGGAAACGAGCAUCCAUUUUGCUUGAAGAAUUUUCAGCAAUGAUUGUAGAGGAAGAGUUGAGAGAGGAAAGUGGAACUUUACAAAAAGAUAUUACUCGGGAAAACAAACUGCAUAUGACAUACAAAAAAUUAUCCAAAGUUCUUAGGGAGCUACGAGAUUGGUCUUCAGAAACUAUUCGACCACAGCCAUUACGAUAUGAUAACUAUCUAAGUAAUCUUUUAAUUCAUCUGCAUCAAGUUACAACUGCUGUUUUGGAUUGCAAGAAACAGAGUCUGGAUGCUGGGCCUCUAGUUUACACAUCAGAUUUUUCCAUUUUAAAAGAAAGCCCUGUUGAAUUACUUAAAAAGAUUAUAUUGCACAGUAAUGUGACACCAGAAAAAAUUGAAUCAUUUGCAGUUCGUAUGAAAGUAGACCUUGUUCAUGUUCUUGCACAAGCUUGUCUGCCUCAUGUUCCACUAAUAAAUAAAAAUAUAUCCUAUGACAUAUUAUUAGAAUAUGCAAGCUAUAGUACUGAGAGUGGUUAUCCAUUGCUAGUUUUAAAUAUGUUAAAGCCUGACUGGCCAUCUCCAAGGCAUCCAGAUCUUGUUGCCCGAGAAUUAAUGAGAGAUCUUUUAGCCAUGAUACAAGAUACAGCAAUGGCAAAUGAUUCCAGUGGCAUUUUUGACAAAACCGAGUUAUUAUCUCUAAUUGAACAUUCAGAAUUAUUGGGUUGGAUGAAAGAUUGUUCUGAAUUAGCAUUUGUCAACUUGGAUUUAUUGCAAAGCAGACAAGAAAAGCUUGCGUUUUUUGUUAAUGUAACUAAUAUAGCAUGGAUACAUGGUAUUUUGGUGGAAACAUUGCUUUUGAAAACGGAAGAAGAAACUGAAAGUUUCUCCUCUGACUUUCCUAGAUUAAAUCAUUUUAACAGAUUUGAUUCCCCUUGUACGUUACUUUUAUCACCUAAUCUGUUAGAACGCUGUAUAAUGCAGAAGAUUCUGGGUUAUGUUGUAGGCCAACUUGGUCCAAUAAGCCUUUUUGAUUUACGUUAUCAACUACUACAUGCUCCGUUGCCUGUACCAAAACAUAUACAGAAUCCACCUUAUUAUCAACUCUUAAAUGAUGCAAAACCUCUUUGGGAAAAAUACAUGCCACCAUUAGAAUCAAGGCUGCUUUUUGUUUUGGUUGAAGGAUUACUUUAUUCACCAACAUUACGUGUGAUGUACAGUGAAGUUAUUGAAGAAGAUCUGGAUGAUGCCAUGAAAGAUUAUUUUGAUUUUUCAAUACAAAUUGAUUUGGAAAAAUGAUAUAAUAUCUCUUCCCAAAUUGUUGGAUUGGUAUGCAAUGGAUUUUUCCAAAGAUGACGAAAGUGAUUUAGACAAGGCACCAUAUGAGGGACUUAUCAAUUUAUUAUCUACUUUAGUGAGGUCUCCACUUGAUCAAUUAU